UGACCCUAAUCAAGAAUUGACACCUUUCGACCACAAAAUGAUCCCGACUUCAGAGCCUUCGCGCGACGACCCCGCCCGCGCCUCCGAGCUUGAUGCAGUCGUCACUGCUGCACCUACACCUUCCCCUGGGUCUCGUCAACCCCGUAGAAGAAAUUCGCUGCUGCGUGCGAAGCGCCCAGCGCGUGAGCGCCAGAAGAAAGCACGCUUAGAGCUGCUGCAUUCCAUGACCAAAGAGGAACGUCGAGAAUUCUUGAUACAAGAAACUGCGGAGAAGGAGGAAGCUCUACAGCGUCUGCAGCGAGCGGCUGCAGCGGAUAGCUCCAGUCAGCGCAUCGCUAUCGAUUUGAGUUUCGACAGCAUCAUGAACGACAAGGAAAUUCGAAGUCUCGCCAAUCAACUGAAGCUCAGCUACGGAUCGAUCAAGCAGAUGCCAGAGCCGUUCCAACUGGUUUUCUGCAACCCCAGCGAGGAACUGGAACACUCGCUCGAACGUUUUGGCGCCAGCAAUUGGUUCAUCCAAUGGCGGCGUGGCGCUGUAAGCGUUGCAAAGCACUUUUCGCCGGAGGAACUCGUAUAUUUAUCACCCGACUCACCGAAUGUGCUUGAGCAAAUGGACCCCACGAAGAUCUACGUGAUUGGCGGCAUUGUGGACAAGUCUCGCAAAAAGGGGGCAUCGCUUAACGCAGCAACCGAAGCAGGCAUUACGACUGUCCGUCUACCGAUUCAGGAACAUUUCACGGAAAGGCUGGACCAUAUUUUAAACGUUAACACAGUUGUUGACGUGCUGAUCAACUUUCGAGAGCUCGGUGACUGGCCGCGGGCGUUGGAUAUUGCUUUACCGCAGCGCAAACGGAGCAACAUUGGCCGCAAGGCAAUUCGUCGACGGCAGAAACAGCAAAUGCUGCAGACCACUUGUGCAGAAACCCAAUCAAAGGGUAGCGCUUGCAACGUCAAGCAGCACUUGCCCAAUUUCAACUCAACAGAACCGCCCGAAUCAGAGCUAUCUCCUAUAGAGGACUUGAGUCUGUGGCUAGAUCUGGACUAG